AUGGAUGCUGAGCAAGGUCCCACGUUGAAGCCCUCAACCAUGUCGCAUCAGGCAGCUCAAGAUGCAGUAGAUCUCGCCGAACUUGGUCAUUCGCAAGCUCUCAGUCGCAAAUUCGACACGUGGAGCAUGUUGUCGCUCGCCUUUGUCGUUCUAGGCACCUGGUCAGUCUUUGCACAAAGCCUGGCCAGCGGCCUCACCAACGGUGGUCCGAUAACCAUCCUCUGGGGCCUGUGUUUGGUCACUUUUUGCAAUACUUGCAUCGGCGUUUCCCUAGGAGAGAUGUGCAGCAGUAUGCCAACGGCUAUGGGUCAGGCAUACUGGGUCUCACGGUUAUGGCCUACCUCAGCUGGUCGCUUUUUGUCGUACCUCUGCGCCUGGAUCAAUACCUUUGGAUGGUGGACUUUGUCAGCUUCCACCGUAGCGUUUAUGACCGAGUUCAUCUUGGGGAUGAACUUGCUUUUCGACGAAACUUCGACGGCACCUCAAACUGGCUGGGUCCAGUUUCUGGUUUACCUUGGCACGACAAUACUCCUGACUCUAUUAAAUAUGAUUUCUUGUCGAAGGGACAAGAUUCUCCCCAUUUUUAACAACUUUGUUGGGAUCACGUUUGUCGGGUUAUUUUUUGUUUUCGGACUUGCCCUACUCAUAUCGGUUGGGACCAGGGACGGACUCCAUUUCCAAUCCGCAUCGUUUGUGUUCGGAGCGUGGAUCAAUCGCACGGGAUGGGGCGAUGGUAUCGUGUGGUUCAUGGGCCUCGUCCAGAGCGCCUACGGACUCACGGCUUUCGACGCCGCCAUCCAUCUCGUAGAGGAGAUACCUGCACCACGAAAGAACAUCCCCCGGGUCAUCUGGUUGUCUAUUAUUUGUGGUGCAGGUACUGGAUUCUUGUUCAUGGUUGUCUGUCUCUUUUCCAUUCAAGACCUCGAACAGGUCCUCGACCCGACAACAGGCCUCCCCUUUAUGGAUCUUGUCAAAAGCACGGUUGGGCUGCAAGGGGCAGCCGUCCUUAUUGCUCUUUUCAUCAUCAAUGGCUUGGGCCAGGGAGUCACUGUCUUGACGACAGCGUCCAGACUCACAUGGAGUUUUGCGCGCGACGGAGGAAUCCCGUGGAGUCCCUACUUCUCUCAUGUGGACGAAACUUGGAAGGCACCAGUUCGCGCGCUUGGGCUACAAGGAAUCAUCAUCGGUCUCGUCGGUCUACUUUACACCUUCUCCAACACAGUUCUGGAGGCCAUCGUCGGCGUCAGUACCAUUGCCCUUACGAUAUCCUACGCUAUUCCCAUACUCACGCUUCUUCUGGUUGGGAGAAACAAAUUGCCCCCAGCGGAAUUCCGUCUUGGUCGAUAUGGGGCUGUCAUCAAUUGGGUUUCGAUUGUUUAUUGCUUGGUUACGACUGUUUUCUUCUUUUUCCCCGCCGAGCCCAACCCAGCUAUCGCUGACAUGAACUAUGCUAUCGCUGUCUUUGGAAUUAUCCUCUUAUUCAGCAUUAGCUUUUGGUUCAUCAAAGGAAGGCAGACGUAUUUGCAAGUUGAAGACAUUGCUGGACGGGUCAUAUAUGGCACGGCUGAGCAUCAGCCCGAAGUCACGGCUGAAUCCAACAUAAAGAGAGACUGA